AUGAUGACAUUAAUUUUAUCUGCAUAUCGCCGGACUCGAGUACAGCCACUGAGCCACCGGCGCGUUAGCAAACUGAAGACACUAGUCAACACUACUGGAACGCUAGGUGGCAAAUCAGCAGCAGCGUCAAAGAUUGUUACAAGGAAUAAUAUUUACUGUAAUGGACCAUUGCUGCAUGCGAUUCAAAUGUCUAGCAUAUUCCCAGAUUCGAAAACGUUUGUUGACAUGAAAAUGAAAUUUUCACCUAAUGAGACCAUGAACAUAUUUUUGGAAAUGAUGAAAAAAACGGGACAAAGGCCAUCAAAAUUAGAACUGGAAGUUUUCCUGAACGAAACAUUCGAGAAGGAAGGUAGCGAAUUCGAAAUUUGGGAUCCUUCCGAUUGGAAGCCAGAGCCCAAAUUUAUUGGUGAUAUUAAAGACCCAAAUUUCCAAGAAUGGGCUAGAGGUUUACAUUUGUUAUGGAAACUUCUCGGUAAAAAAAUCAAAGAUGACGUUCGUUUACAUCCUGACCAUUAUUCAAUUAUCUAUGUUCCGUAUCCGGUAAUUGUACCUGGUGGCCGAUUCCGUGAAUUUUACUAUUGGGAUUCUUACUGGAUAAUUAGAGGUCUACUACUAUCUGAGAUGUAUACCACCGUAAAAGGAAUGCUUAGCAACUUUUUGUCGAUUGUUAACACCUACGGUCAUAUUCCAAACGGGGGAAGAGUUUAUUACGCCAUGCGGUCUCAACCCCCCAUGCUGGUACCAAUGAUGAAAAGUUACAUCGAGGCCACAAAUGACACAACUUUCCUAAAAGAAAAUGUAGAUAUACUAGAAAAAGAAUUCAGCUAUUGGAUGUUAAAUCAUACAGUAGACAUAGAAAAGGAUGGAAAAGUAUACACAUUGGCCAGAUAUAAGGAUUCGUCAACAGGACCUAGACCCGAAUCAUACAGGGAAGAUAUCAUGAGCGCACAAACACUGAAGACCGAUAACGAUAAAGAAAACUACUAUUCUGAGCUAAAGGCCGCUGCGGAAUCUGGGUGGGAUUUUUCCAGUAGAUGGUUUAUACUAAACGGAACAAAUAAAGGAAACCUGACCAACCUGAAAACACGAUUCAUCAUUCCGGUGGACUUGAACGCUCUGGUGUAUUGGAAUGCUAAGAUAUUGAGUGAUUUCUACAGGGAGCUAAAUGUAUCCGACAAGGCACUGAAGUACGAAAACAUCGCCAACAAAUGGAUAGAAGCAGUGACGGCGGUGCUUUGGCACGAGGAAGUAGGCGCGUGGCUGGACUAUGACAUGCUGAACGAAAUCAAGCGUGAUUACUUUUACCCAACCAAUAUAUCACCAUUGUGGACUGGCUGUUAUGACCCGAAGAAGACCGAUGACUUUGUGUCCCGAACGCUUAAGUACUUGGAAAAGACACAAAUAAUGAACAACCUGGGUGGGAUACCAACUACCCUGGAGCACUCCGGUGAACAGUGGGACUACCCGAACGCGUGGCCCCCUCUCCAGUACAUAAUGGUCAUGUCACUCGACAGCUCGGGCGAUAACUGGGCCCAGGACUUGGCAUUCGAGAUAGCUGAACGAUGGAUGAGGUCCAACUACAAAGCGUACAACGAGACCAACGCCAUGUAUGAAAAAUACGAUGCGACCGUACCCGGAGGUCACGGCAGUGGAGGUGAAUACGAGGUGCAGCUAGGUUUCGGCUGGACCAACGGCAUAAUCUUGGAGUUCCUGCAGAAGUACGGAUCCAGGGUCACGGCCGAGGAUAAGUUCGUCGAGGCGCCUCAGACUAGCGCCAACAUAGACUCCAGCAGAAGCAGCACUGACUACAACACCAAGACCGUGUCUUCGGCGACGCAAGUCAUGACUGCCACGCUUGCGAUACUGGCCACGAUAUCGGCCGGAUGCAUAGGGUGA